AUGGGAGAGCCGGAAAAGGCUGAGAGUUGGAUACGCGCAUUGGAGCGCAUUUUUACAAUUCUGAUGUGCAACGAUGCCGAGCGAAUGGCUUGUGUGACCUAUCAGUUGACUGGGUCAGCUGACUUCUGGUGGGAUACCAAGAUGAAGACCACGCCACGAGAUCAAGUGAAUGGAAUGACCUGGGAGAAGUUCAAGGAGGCCAUAUAUAACAAGUACGUGCCAAAGAGCUAUCGAAAGGAGAAGGCGGCUGAGUUUUACAACUUAACUCAAGGGCGCAUGUCAGUGACUGAAUAUGAUCGCGCACUCUGUGAUAUGACCCAGUAUGCACCCGAACAAGUUGACACGGAUGAGAAACUGGCAGAAAAAUUCCGUGAGGGUCUAAGGCAAGAUAAAGAUGGUUUUGGCUAG